AUGUAAUGGAAAAAUUAUGCAAGGAAACUGGAAACAUUAAUAAUAUACAAAAAGAGAAGCAAAGACUUCUCUAAUGAUUUCAAAAGAUCAUUCUGGUUUAGCUUCAGGAUUCAAAUAUUCGCAGAAAUAAUAAUUUAUAAGCAUUUCUUAUUUCCAUUAAAUAAAUUAAUAAUAUUUCAACAAAAUUAGGAGAUGAAUUAGACAGAAGGUUUUCACAGAUCGAGAUUUAUAAAUUACCAUUCAGAUUGUUUCGAUUGUUUAGUAUGCUAACAUGUCGCUCGUGACCCUAAGGAAUGUAGUGAAUGCGGGCAAGUUUAUUGUAUGUCUUGUGUGCCUAAUUAAUGUAUUAAUUGUGAAACUCCUAGGUAGAUAGAUUAAAUGGCAAGAGUUUAAAAAAAAAUAUAUGAUGAUUUAGUAUUGAAAUGUUAAUUCUGUGAACUUUUAGUAAAAGUAAACUUAAUUGAAAAACAUGAAGAGGAGUGUAAUAAAUAUUGUGCAAAUUUUGAAUGCUGCGGGAAUUUAAUAACAAAAGAAAAUAAAGAAAAAUUUUGUGAUACCAUAUGUCAAUUAUUUAAUCUUGUGUAAAAAUCAGGUAGCAGAUAAGAGAUCUAUGAACACUUAAAAAAUGUUUCUUAAUAGAAUAUUGUCAUAUCCUCAAGAAUACCGAGAAGCAUCGAAUCUUCUAUUAGUUCAUCUUUAAUUAUUUCCAAUAGAUGGGAUAGCUAAAGGAAGGCCACUAAUAUCAAACUCUCAGAUGGAGAUUAGAAAGCAUUCCAUGAAGAUAUAUCACACAUGUUCAGAUCAGUCAUAGCAAAAUAUGGCUAUUCGUCGGGAAUAGCGUAUUGGGAAAUUGAAGCUGACGAUAGAAAUGAAAGUGAAUUAAAAAUUGGUGUUACAACAAACAGAGACUUUAACUUUAAUACAACCUUUUGUGAUCAUGAAUUUGGUUGGGCUUUUUAUGCAUUAGGAUCUUUACGCCAUAAUAAUAGUAAUACCGGUCCCGGAUUUGGUAGGAGAUUAAAAAAUGGAGUGUUUGGAGUUUGUUUAAAUAUGAAUUAAGGACAAUUGAUGUUCAGUUGGAACGGAGAAUACUUGGGUUGUGCAUAUAAAGAUGAAAAGUUAAAAACUGGACCUAUUUAUCCUGCAGUGGCCUUACUGAAUGUUGCUGGUUGUAAAAUCACAAGUGGAAAACCUGUUCCACCCGUAUUCUAAUUAUGAUAAACAUAUUAUUAGUAAUUUUCAAUUUAAUAGGUUCUACUGAUAAAA